AUGGAUUACCUCAUCACGGUUCUAGCUAUCAAGAAGCAGGACACAGCCCCACUCGUCUCUGAGAAUGCGUCCUCUGGUGCCGCCUCCUACACCGAUCCACGGCUGCAGGGUAUGACAAAGCUCUUGUUGACGGUGCUCUCGAGUAUCAAUGCGUUUACCUUGAUCCGGCAGGAGAGUUUCGCUCAGAUCAGUGCGCAGCUAGGAAAGCAUUCUUUGACGCCGACAAUUCGCAAGCCAUCCGACGAGCUGUUCUCCGCCGGAGUGUCCCCGUUAGCAGCAGGUAGGUGGCACGGACCGGCAAAGGUGAUCUGUCAGGAAGGGCAGUCCAUUGUUUGGGUUGCACACGGCACCACGAUCCUACGAUGUGCGCCGGAAAACCUCCGCCAAGAGACUCCGAUGCCAUCUGAAGUUCCGGCCCCCUCUAGCGUAGAUGUCUCCUUAAUUCCUGUGCCCGACUCAGAGGACGGACUAUGCUCUGAGUCAAUUCUGUUGGCAUCCGAGACUGUGCUUGAGCCUGAACCAGAGAUGCCGGAGCUUCUGUCGUUUACCACCUUAGAGGCUGCCGAGUUUGCCGAAGGACCACCGCUUGCCGAGGACAAUCUUCCUUACGUGCAUGUCCGUGUAAAGGAUCUAAGCCGGGAAGAGGUGGCCCUGUUUGACCAAGCCAAGCAGAAGGAGCUUCAGUGUAGAGCAACCGUGCUGCAAACAAUUGCAUCUUGCAAGUUUCCUUUGAGCUCCUUCGACAUUAAGACUGCUUUCCUCCGUGGGAAAGCUGACGAAGGAAACCCGUUGGCGAUGGAGCCUCCUCCCGAGCUCAGAAAACUGUUGAACCUCCAUGAAGAUGAAGUGUGCCAGCUUGUGGGGAACGCAUACGGCAGAGUGGAUGCACCACUCCUGUUCUACAAAGAGCUAUGCAAGCAGUUAGGUAAGCUGGGUUUUGAGCCACAUCCCCUGGAGCCGUGCGUGUUUGUCUUGAAGACUGGAAGUCGCCUACGGGGAAUCCUCGGAGUCCAUGUCGAUGAUGGAGUGUGCGGAGGAGAUGCUUAUUUUCAUCAAAAGGUUGAGGAGUUGCAGCGGGUUCUCCCUUUCGGGUCACGUAAGCAUCAGAACGUUGUCUUCACGGGAAUACAACUUGAACAGUUUCCGGAUCACUCUAUCCGUGCAUCUCAGUCCGACUAUGUGCAUCGGAUUCCGUCCAUAGACAUUGGCCGUCCUCGGCGUCAAGACCUCGACGCCCCUGUAAAUGAGGAUGAGCGAACUAAACUCCGUGGACUUAUCGGAAGUCUUCAGUACGCCGUGACUCAUACCCGCCCCGAUGUUGCGGCACGCUUAGGUGAGGUCCAAUGCCAGACGACCACUGCUACCGUCCAAACCUUGCUCCUUGCCAACAAGGUGCUAAGGGAAGCUCAAGAACAUCACCGAGUAAGCAUUGUCUUUCAAGCUAUUCCAGUGGAACAACUAACCUUCGUAGCUUUUGGAGACGCUUCCUUUGCAUCGUCCAAGAACUUGAUCUCCCAUCAGGGCGUUUUGAUCUGCGCAACAGAUGGCCGCUUGAAUCAAAACCGUGAAGCACCCGUAUCCCCUUUGACCUGGUCAUCGAAAAAGAUUCCAAGGGUUGUUCGGUCCACAUUGUCAGCAGAAGCCUAUGCCAUGUCCAAGGCAGUGGAUCUCCUUGGAUGCGUUCGGGUGUUGUGGGGUGUUAUCCACAUAACCGAUUUCAAGUGGCAACAGCCUGAGUUGGGAUUUAAGCAGCUUCAUACGGCAGUCAUCGUCACCGAUUGUAAAAGCCUGUAUGACCUUGUUACCCGUCUUGCCAUGCCCGCUUGUGAAGAGUACCGGACCACCCUAGAAGUACUUCUCAUAAAACAAAGAUGCUUAGAAAAUGCUUGUUUCCGAUGA